CUAUGGGAUUUCAAGAUGGCGUCUAGCGGAGGAGAGGGGGAGCACGAAUGGACAGCGGCAGUGCGACCGCUUUUAUCAGCUUCAUACACCGCUUUUGAAACAAAGGAGCUACCUCAGCUAAUUGGCUCUAUAAUUAACAGUGAAUCGGACAUUCUUCACCACGACAAACAAUAUGAGCCUUUCUACUCCUCAUUUGUGGCUCUUUCUGCACAUUACAUCACCACAGUUUGUGGUCAAAUACCAAGAAACCAGCUGUUGUCGGUGGCUGCAGCAUGCAAAGUACUGAUUGAAUUUUCAUUGCUGCGAUUGGAGAAUCCAGAUGAAGCAUGUGCUGUAUCACAGAAACACCUGAUUCUUCUAAUAAAAGGACUUUGCACUGGCUGCAGCAGGCUGGAUCGCACAGAGAUCAUUACAUUUACUGCUAUGAUGAAGUCUGCCAAGUUGCCUCAAACUAUCAAGACCCUCUCGGACGUGGAAGAUCAGAAGGAGUUACCUAGUGUUGUGAGUCCUGAACUUCGACAAAAAGAAGUGCAAAUGAACUUCUUUAAUCAGUUGACUUCGGUUUUUAACCCGGAUCUUAGCACCAUCUUGGCUUCACCAUCAGCAGCGCACAUGCAGGCUGAGAGUGACUCAGACGACCAAACCACAGAUCAAGCUGUUCAGGCCAAAAUGAAGAAUGCGUUUGUCUCUCAGAAUGUGUCGAGCUUACAGGAACUUGGUGGGUCUGAAAAGUUACUACGGGUGUGUUUAAACCUGCCGUACUUUCUACGUUACAUCAACCGAUUCCAAGACGCUGUUUCAGCCAACUCUUUCUUCAUCAUGCCGGCUACAGUGGCCGAUGCCACUGCUGUCCGCAAUGGAUUUCACUCGCUGGUGAUUGAUGUCACCAUGGCUCUGGACACACUGUCCCUUCCUGUACUGGAACCUCUGACCCCAGGAAGACUACUGGAUAUGACUGUGUUGGCCCUUAGCUGUCUUUACGCUGGUGUGAGUGUGGCCACUUGCAUGGCAAUACUUCAGGUGGGCAGCGGAUUGCAGCUUCGCUCUGCCUCUACUGGAACCAAAGAAGAGGACUAUGAAAAUGACGCUGCCACAAUUGUUCAGAAAUGUUUGGAGAUCUAUGAAAUGAUUGGGCAAGCGAUCAGCAACUCCCGCCGAGCUGGAGGAGAGCAUUAUCAGAACUUCCAGCUGCUUGGAGCCUGGUGCCUCUUAAACAGCCUGUACCUGAUUCUGAACCUGAGCCCGACCGCCCUGGCAGACAAAGGCAAAGAGAAGGAUCCCCUGGCUGCUCUGCGUGUCCGGGAUAUUGCUGCUCGCACCAAGGAUGGCGCAGGAUCGCCAAAACUUGGCCCUGGCAAAGGACACCAAGGAUUUGGAAUAUUGUCUGUGAUACUGGCCAAUCACGCCAUCAAACUUUUGACCUCGCUCUUCCAGGAUUUGCAAGUGGAGGCUCUGCACCGGGGGUGGGCAAGUGAUGGACCACCAGCCGAGCUCAGCAUCAUGGCACAAAGCACUUCAAUCCAGAGGGUCCAAAGGCUCAUCGACUCCGUUCCUCUGACAAAUCUUCUCUUCACCCUCCUCUCCACCUCUUACAAAAAGGCUUGUGUUCUGCAGCGCCAAAGAAAGGGCUCAGUUAGCAGUGAUGCCAGUGCUUCGACAGAUUCAAACACCUACUAUGAAGACGAUUUCAGCAGCACGGAGGAGGACAGCAGCCAAGAUGACGACAGUGAACCUAUCCUGGGACUGUGGUUUGAAGAGGCCAUUUCACCAACCAAAGACAAAGUGGCUCCUCCACCCCCUCCUCCUCCCCCUCCCCUGGAGACCUCACCCAGACUCAAGAGCCCCAGCAAGCAGAAUCCAAGCGAGAACGGCAACAUUUUAGCAGGUCGGAAAGAUCCUGAAAUGUUCCUCAGUUUGGCCUCCAGCAUUCUGAACUUCAUCACCACCUCAAUGCUGAAGUCCAGGAACAACUUCAUUCGCAACUACGUCAGCGUCUCUCUUACAGAGCAGCACAUGGCGACGCUUGCCAGCAUCAUCAAAGACGUGGAUAAAGAUGUCAAAGGUUCUUCAGAUGAAGUGUUUGCUUUAGCUCUGUACCACUUCAACCACACCCUAGUCACCUCAGAUCUUCCAUCUCCGGUUUUGCAGAACACCCUCCUGCAACAAUUGGGUAUUGCUCCCUUCUCAGAAGGGCCCUGGCCUCUGUACAUUCACCCUCAGUCGUUGUCCGUCCUCUCCAGACUUCUCCUCAUCUGGCAACACAAAGCCAGCGUGCAGGGAGAACCAGAUGUGCCGGAGUGCAUGAAAGUUUGGGAAAGAUUUCUAGGAACCCUGAAACAGCACACCAUCCAGGGCUCUGUCCAGUCAGAGGACGACCUUAAUGUGGAACACCUCCAGUUGCUCCUGCUCCUUUUCCACAAUCUGUCUGAGCGCGGUCGACGGUCGGUCCUCGCCAUGCUCACCCAGGCCAUUAUUGAAGUGGCACAGAGCAGGGACUCCCAGCUGAAGGCGGUACCCCUCAACCUGGCCCGGUUGCUACUGGUUUUUGAUUACCUGAUGCGUCACUACUCCAAAGCUCCCUUGUACCUUUUUGAGCAGGUGCAGUACAACCUCCUCACCCCGCCAUCUGGUUCUAUUCAGGAAGGUGGAAAACGUAGUAGUCUCCCACUUUACUAUGGAUUCAAAGAGGUGGAGGAGAAUUGGGCCAAACACUGUUCAGCAGAUUCAAAUGUUCAGCCCAAGUUCUACUGUGUGCUGUCGCCUGAGGCAUCUGAAGAUGACAUCAGCAGGUUGGAUAGUAAGGUAUUUCCAAAGCUGGUCAGUGGAGCAGUUAAAUAUGAUGAGCUGUAUGUGUGGCUGGUCUCACUCCUGGAAGCAGGCUCUCAGUUUGAUACAGCCAGAAGACAGGAGAGCAAACCAAUCACUCCUGUGGAGGCCUGCUCCCUUCAGUACUACUUCCUGGUACUCUGGAGAAUCUUGGGAGUGUUACCACCCUCCAAAGCUUUCAUGGAGCAGCUGAAGACCGGCUGCAGCGACCCCAGUGAAAGUGACAUCUUGCAUACGCUGCGGUGGUCCUCACGUCUGCGGGUAUCUACGUACGUUCACUGGAUCAAGGAGCACUUGGUAAAGCAGGGAAUGAAAGCAGACCAAGCAGCAUCUCUUGUUGAGACGACGGUAUCAAAGUGCAGCACUGUGAAAUAUGAUGUGGAGCUUGCAGAGGAGUACAUUGCCAGACAGAUUUCCACCUUUUCAAGUGUUGAUCCGAACGUCGUCCUUCCACUUCAUCAGCUGCCCUCCUUGCAAGCUAUUUAUACUCUGGAUGCAGUCAUCUCUAAAGUCCAGGUUUCAUUAGACGAGCAUUUGUCCAAGGUUGCAAUCGAGGCCGACGCCCACAAGUCCUCCGAUGUCACAAAAAACUUGCUGCCUGCUACGCUGCAGCUCACAGACAUUUAUACUGCCUUCACAAGAUCCUACCUCCUGCUAAACAUCCCAGAGGAAGGUGAAAACAAGCUGACCGAUGCAAAGCUCCAAGGUUACGCUGCAGUUCUGUCCAUUGGCUCCACGCGCUGCAAGGCCAACCUGCUGGGUCAUAACUUGAUGCAGAACUUGCCAUCAGCUGUACAAACGGUAUGUGAGACUUGGAACAGCGUCCACACUAAUGAGUUCCCCAACAUUGGCUCAUGGCGAAAUGCGUUUGCUAAUGAUACCAUCCCAUCCGAGAGCUACAUCAGUGCCAUCCAAGCAGCUCAUCUGGGGACUCUGAGUUGUCAGUCCUUGCCUUUGGCCUCUUCUCUAAAACACAUCCUUCUCUCAUUGGUUCGCCUCACUGGUGACCUCAUCGUUACAGAAGAGCUGAAUCCCACUCAGGUUGUGAGCACGCUGCUGCCCCUGUUGCUGGAGAGCAGCACAGAGUGCGUAGCAGAAAUCAGCAGCACCUCGCUGGAGCGCAUUCUUGGCCCGGCAGAGUCUGACGCCUUCUUAGCCCGCAUCUAUGAGCGUCUGGUCACAGGAUGCUACAAUAUCAUUGCAAAUCACUCAGACCCUCACAGUGGCCUGGAUGAGUCGGUUCUUGAGGAAUGCCUGCAGUAUCUGGAGAAGCAGCUUGAGAGCAGCCAGGUUCGAAAAGCGAUGGAGGAAUUCUUUUCAUUCAGUGGUGAGCUUGUCCAGAUUAUGAUGGCCACAGCCAAUGAAAACCUGUCUGCAAAGUUCUGUAACAGAGUGUUGAAAUUCUUCACCAAGCUCUUCCAGCUCACUGAGAAGAGUCCAAACCCAAGCCUGCUGUGUUUGUGUGGUUCUCUGGCCCAGCUGGCCUGUGUGGAACCGUCUCGCCUGCAGUCCUGGCUGACCCGCAUGACGGCGACGCCGCCCAAGGACACGGAGCAGCUGGAAGUGGUGCAGGAAAACCGACAGCUGCUGCAGCUGCUCACCACUCACAUUGUGCGUGACAACAGUCAGGUUGGCGAAGGAGUCUGCACCGUCCUCCUCAGCACACUUAUUCCCAUGGCAACAGACAUGUUGACCAAUGGGGAUGGAACGGGUUUCCCUGAGCUCAUGGCCAUCAUGGCAACUCUGGCCAGUGCAGGGCAGGGGGCUGGUCACCUGCAGCUUCACCGGGCGGCGAUCGAUUGGCUGACAAGGUGCAAAAAGUAUUUGACACAAAAGAAUGUGGUGGAGAAAGUUAGCACCAACUUAUCUCAUGGAAAGCAUGCCGUAAUGCUAGAAUGCUCGUGCCACAUAAUCUCCUAUUUGGCUGAUGUGAUGAACGCCCUGCGACAAAGCAGCGGUCAGGGCACCUCGGCUCUGCUUGUGGAGGGAGAAGAGAAAGCAAUGGAAGUGGACUCGGACUGGGUGGAGGAGCUGGCAGUGGAGGAGGACGAUUCCCAGGCAGAAGACUCUGAUGAAGACUCACUUUGCAACAAACUCUGCACCUUCACCAUAACUCAGAAGGAGUUCAUGAACCAGCACUGGUACCACUGUCAUACCUGUAAGAUGGUAGAUGGGGUAGGUGUGUGCACAGUGUGCGCCAAGGUCUGUCACAAAGACCAUGAGAUCUCCUAUGCCAAAUAUGGCUCUUUCUUCUGUGACUGCGGUGCCAAAGAGGAUGGCAGCUGCCAGGCUUUGGUGAAGCGCAGCCCCAGCAGUGGCAUUAGCUCAACUCUGAAAGAAUCAUCAGCUUUCCAGAGUGAGAUGCGGAUGCCUGAGAGCGCCAUCAGACACCAGAACGCCUCUCCAUCCGAAAAGGGCAAGGUCACAAUCUGUGAUGGCAAAUCCAGUGAUGAAGAAAGACCAAAGAAAAACAGUGUCUGCAAGAGCAUCGAGGGCUGCCAGGAAGAGUUGCUAGCACAAGUGAUGGGAUCAUCCACUGCUGCCGUCAUACUUGAAAUGCUCAUGUUUCUGAUGGAAGCCAUCCAGACUAACUUCCAGCAAGCCUCCGCUGUAGGAAGCAGCAGCCGGGCCCAGAAAGCCCUGAAUGAACUGCACACUCAGGAUAAAAAUGUUGAGAUGACGGACCAGUUAAUGGUGCCCACACUUGGUUCUCAGGAAGGAGCUUUUGAAAAUGUGAGGAUGAAUUACAGCGGCGAUCAAGGCCAAACAAUACGUCAGCUCAUCAGUGCGCAUGUCCUACGUCGGGUCGCCAUGUGCGUCCUCUCCUCACCCCAUGGCCGCCGACAGCAUCUUGCAGUUAGCCACGAAAAGGGGAAGAUAACAGUCCUGCAGUUGUCCACACUUCUGAAGCAAGCUGACUCUAGCAAGAGGAAGCUAACUCUGACCCGACUGGCCUCCGCCCCAGUUCCUUUCACCGUGCUCAGUCUCACAGGCAACCCUUGUAAUGAAGAUUACUUGGCUGUGUGUGGCCUAAAGGACUGCCAUGUACUAACAUUUAGCAGUACAGGCUCCGUCUCUGACCACCUGGUGUUGCAUCCGCAGCUGGCCACUGGCAAUUUCAUCAUCAAAGCCAUUUGGCUGCCAGGUUCUCAGACUGAGCUGGCAAUCAUCACAGCUGACUUUGUCAAGAUCUAUGACUUGUCGGUGGACGCCCUGAGCCCCAUGUACUACUUCCUGCUCCCCAGUUCCAAGAUCCGCGAUGCGACCUUCCUUUUCAACGAAGAGGGAAAAAACAUUAUUGUCAUCAUGUCCUCAGCAGGUUACAUGUACACUCAGAUCAUGGAUGAAUCCAGCAGUGCCCAGCAUGGGCCCUUCUAUGUCACAAAUGUCCUGGAAAUAACCCAUGAUGAUCUGAAAGACAGCAAUGGACAGGUGGCAGGAGGUGGUGUGUCUGUUUACUACUCCCAUGUCCUUCAAAUGCUUUUCUUCAGCUACAGCCAGGGAAAAUCAUUCGCUGCCACCGUCAGCCGCAGCACUAUUGAAGUGCAGAGGCUCUUUCCCAUCAACAUCAAAGGCUCCAACGGCGGUAGCAGCAAGUUGUCCCCGGCUCUGUGCCAGUGGUCCGAAGUGAUGAACCAUCCGGGUCUGGUCUGCUGUGUGCAACAGACGACUGGAAUCCCGCUGGUGAUCAUGGUUAAACCCGACACCUUCCUCAUCCAGGAGAUCAAAACUCUGCCGGCUAAAGCGAAGAUUCAGGACAUGGUUGCUAUCAGACACACGGCGAGCAACGAGCAGCAGCGCACAACAAUGAUUCUUCUCUGCGAGGACGGAAGUCUGCGAAUCUACAUGGCAAACGUUGACAACACGUCCUAUUGGCUCCAGCCGUCUCUGCAGCCAACGUGUGGCAUCAGCAUCAUGAAGCCAGUGCGCAAGCGCAAAGUUGCUGCUGCAACCACUCGGACCUCCAGUCAGGUGACGUUCCCAGUGGACUUCUUUGAACACAAUCAGCAACUAACAGAGGUGGAGUUUGGGGGAAAUGACUUGCUGCAGGUGUACAAUGGGCAGCAGAUAAAACACCGGCUCAACUCCACUGGGAUGUAUGUGGCCAACACAAAGCCUGGGGGAUUUACUGUGGAAGUGGUGAACAACAACACUUCAAUGGUGAUGACAGGCAUGCGAGUGCAAGUGGGCACUCAGGCCAUCGAGAGGGCUCCUUCCUAUGUGGAGGUCUUCGGCCGGACCAUGCAGAUAAAUCUGACACGAGCCCGCUGGUUCGAUUUCCCCUUCACCAGAGAGGAGGCCCUGCAGGCUGACAAGAAGCUGUCCAUAUUCAUUGGAGCCUCCGUGGAUCCAGCAGGAGUCACCAUGCUCGACUCUGUAAAAAUCUACGGUAAAACCAAGGAGCAGUUCGGCUGGCCCGAGGAUCCACCAGAAGAUUUCUCGGGAUCGGUUAAUAAUGUGUGCAGCCCCAGCCUCAACCAGGGCAGUGGCAGCUCCGAUGGCGACAUCGCCACGCCAACCACGACCAGUGGCACUGUGCUGGAGAGAUUGGUGGUCAGCUCACUUGAAGCAUUGGAAAACUGCUUUGCAGUAGGUUCAUCCAAUGAAAAGGAGAAAAACAAGGUUGCUGCUCUGGAGCUGGCCACUUUGCUUCUGUCCAUGCCGACUCCAACGGGUGUCCAGCAGCAGACAAAGGGACUUCUGGCUAGUCUGCACACCAGCCGUACUGCUUACCACAACCAUAAGGACCAAUCCUUGCUGAGUAACGCUGUGCAGUGUUUGAACAGUUGCAGCCGUGAAGGAAAAGAACUUGACCCAGAUGUUUUCCAGAGGCUCGUGAUCACUGCACGCUCUAUUGCAAUCAUGAGACCCAACAACUUGGUGCAUUUCACAGAAAGCAAGUCAUUGCACCACGACUCCGACUCGACAGAGGAUGGGCAGAAGCACAUGGAUGGUGAAAGCUGUAACUUCAUCGCUCAGCUUAUGAAUAACUUCUGGAAACUCCAUUCCCAGAAACCAAAGAAUGCAUUUCUCGCACCUGCUUGCCUCCCUGGCCUGACACACGUGGAAGCAACAGUUAAUGCUUUGAUCGACAUCAUACAUGCCUACUGCACAUGUGAACUGGAUUACAUCAAUUUAGCUUCCAAAAUCUACAUGCAGAUGUUACUGUGUCCGGACACUGCUGUGAGCUUUUCCUGCAAGCAGGCUUUGAUCAGAGUGCUGCGGCCAAGAAACAAACGCCGCCAUGUGACACUUCCAUCGCCCCCACGCUCUAACACACCUAUUGGAGACAAGGAUGAUGACGAUGACGAUGAUCCGGAAGACAAAAUGCAAUCGUCUGUGAUGACUGGAGGAGAAGAAGGUCAACAGGAGAGCCAGGAGCAGAACGAAGUGGAUCAUGGAGACUUUGAAAUGGUGUCUGAGUCAAUGGUCCUGGAAUCAGCAGAAAAUGUUAACAAUGGAAAUCCUUCUCCUCUGGAGGCUCUGCUGGCCGGAGCCGAGGGAUACCCUCCUAUGCUCGACAUCCCUCCUGAUGCUGACGAUGAAACUAUGGUAGAGCUUGCCAUUGCGCUCAGCCUGCAGCAGGACCAACAAGGCAGUAACAGCAGUGCUCUGGGCCUUCAGAGCCUCGGCCUGUCUGGCCAGGCUCCGAGCUCAUCCUCACUGGAUGCUGGAACCCUUUCAGACACGACGGCAUCAGCCCCGGCAUCAGAUGAUGAGGGCAGCACAGCUGCUACUGACGGCUCUACGCUGCGGACCUCCCCAGCUGAGCACGGAGGCAGUGUGGGCUCAGAGAGUGGGGGUUCUGCUAUCGACUCUGUAGCAGGGGAGCACAGUGUGUCCGGACGCAGCAGUGCAUAUGGAGACACAACAGUGGAGGGCCACCCUGUAGGUCCAGGCAGUGUGAGCUCCAGCACUGGAGCCAUCAGCACCACAACAGCGCAGCAUGAAGGCGAAGGCUCAGAGGGAGAAGCAGAGACUGAGGGAGACAUCCACACAAGCAACAGGUUGCACAUGGUUCGUCUGAUGCUACUGGAACGCUUGCUGCAGCAUCUUUCUCAGCUCCAUAAUGUUGGUGGGGUUCAAGCCAUCCCAUAUAUGCAAGUUAUCCUAAUGUUGACAUCGGACCUUGAUGGGGAGGAUGAAAAGGAUAAGGGUGCUUUAGACGACCUGUUGUCGCAGCUCAUCGCUGAGCUUGGAAUACAUAAGAAGGAUGUGUCCAAAAAGAAUGAGAGAAGUACAAUCAACGAAGUCCACCUGGUCAUCAUGAGGCUGCUGAGCGUCUUCAUGUCACGAACCAAGUCUGGGUCCAAAUCCUCCUCAGAGUCGUCCUCCCUGAUUUCCAAUGCAACAGCGACAGCUUUGCUGAGCCUGGGCUCCAUUGACUACUGUCUCCAUGUGCUCAAGUCGCUCCUGGAGUUCUGGAAAAAUCAACAGGGCGAAGAGGAACCCACUUCCACCAGUCAGCUCCUUCGCCCUCACACAGCCUCCUCACCCCCUGACAUGAGCCCAUUUUUCCUUCGCCAAUAUGUGAAGGGACAUGCCGCUGACGUGUUUGAAGCCUACUCCCAGUUACUGACUGAGAUGGUGCUCCGGCUGCCAUAUCAGAUAAAGAAGAUUGCUGAUACAAACCCUCGGAUCCCACCUCCUGUUUUUGACCAUUCUUGGUUCUACUAUCUGUCAGAAUAUCUGAUGAUCCAACAGACACCGUUCGUCAGGAGGCAAGUUAGAAAGUUGUUGCUGUUCAUCUGUGGCUCCAAAGAGAAAUACCGGCAGCUGCGCGAUCUGCACACGCUCGACUCGCAUGUCCGCAGCAUCAAAAAGCUUCUGGAAGAGCAGGGCAUCUUCCUUCGGGCAGGAAUAGUCACCGCAACAUCUGGCUCAGCUCUACAAUAUGACACACUCAUCAAUCUGAUGGAGCAUCUCAAAGCAUGUGCUGAAAUUGCUACACAAAGGACAAUCAACUGGCAGAAGUUUUGCAUGAAGGAUGACUCCGUGUUGUACUUUCUGCUCCAGGUCAGCUUCCUGGUGGAUGAGGGCGUUUCUCCAGUUCUGCUUCAGCUCCUGUCCUGUGCCCUGUGUGGCAGCAAGGUGCUGGCCGCUUCCUCCUCCUCUUCUGGCUCCUCCUCCUUUCCCGGAAGCGGCUCUGGCAGUUCUGGUCAGGGAGGAGCUUCCCAGUCCUCUCAAGGCAAAUCUUCCAGCAAGAAAAGCAAGAAGGAAGACAAGGAAAAAGACAAAGAGAGCGAUGGCGUCAGCAGCCAGGAAGAUCAGCUGUGCAUGGCCCUGGUCAGUCAGCUGAAUAAGUUCGCAGACAAAGAGACUCUAAUCCAGUUCUUGCGCUGCUUCCUCCUUGAAUCAAACUCCUCUGCUGUUCGCUGGCAAGCCCACUGCUUGGCGUUGCAUAUCUACAGGAACUCCAGUAAAUCUCAGCAGGAGCUGCUGCUCGAAUUGACUUGGGCCAUCUGGCCAGAGCUUCCUGCAUAUGGUCGCAAAGCUGCCCAGUUUGUUGACCUACUAGGAUAUUUCUCUCUCAAAACUCCUCAAACGGAGAAAAAGCUGAAAGAAUAUUCCCAGAAAGCUGUGGAAAUCCUGAGAGCACAGAACCACAUCCUGACAAAUCACCCCAACUCCAACAUUUAUAACACUCUCUCUGGUUUGGUGGAGUUUGAUGGCUUUUAUCUUGAGAGUGACCCCUGCUUGGUGUGCAACAACCCAGAAGUUCCCUUCUCAAAUAUCAAACUAUCAUCUAUCAAAGUGGACACCCGCUACACCACCACACAGCAGGUUGUGAAGCUAAUUGGCAGCCACACCAUCAGCAAAGUAACAGUGAAGAUCGGUGAUCUGAAACGCACCAAAAUGGUUCGCACCAUCAAUCUCUACUACAACAACAGGACUGUCCAGGCUAUUGUGGAGCUGAAGAAUAAGCCGGCACGCUGGCACAAAGCAAAGAAAGUUCAGCUGACUCCUGGACAAACUGAGGUGAAGAUCGACCUCCCCUUGCCCAUCGUCGCCUCCAACCUGAUGAUCGAGUUUUCCGAUUUUUACGAGAACUACCAAGCUUCCACCGAGACCCUGCAGUGUCCACGCUGCAGUGCUUCUGUGCCCGCUAACCCUGGAGUGUGCGGCAACUGCGGUGAAAAUGUGUACCAGUGCCACAAGUGCAGGUCCAUAAACUACGAUGAAAAAGACCCUUUCCUGUGCAAUGCAUGUGGUUUCUGCAAAUAUGCUCGAUUUGACUUCAUGCUGUAUGCUAAACCAUGCUGUGCAGUGGAUCCCAUAGAGAAUGAAGAGGACAGGAAAAAGGCUGUGACCAACAUCAACACCCUGCUGGACAAAGCGGACCGAGUCUACCACCAGCUGAUGGGCCACAGGCCUCAGUUAGAAAGCUUGCUGUCUAAAGUCAACGAGGCAGCGCCAGAGAAACCUCAGGACGACCCUGGAGCAGGUGCAGGACUCGGUGCGUCCUCUGCUAAUGUAAACCGGUACAUUCAGCAGCUGGCUCAGGAGUACAGUGGAGACUGCAAGACGUCGUUCGAUGAGCUCUCCAAGAUCAUACAGAAAGUGCUGGCGUCUCGAAAAGAGCUCCUGGAGUACGACCUGCAGCAGAGAGAGGCCGCCACCAAGUCGUCGCGGAGCAGCAGCAGCCAUCAGCCCACCUUCACCGCCAGUCAGUACCGCGCCUUGUCUGUGCUGGGCUGCGGCCACACCUCCUCCACCAAGUGCUACGGCUGUGCCUCGGCUGUCACGGGCCACUGCAUUACGCUGCUCCGUGCGCUGGCCACGAACCCGGCUCUCCGGCAGAUUCUCGUCCUCCAGGGUCUUAUCCGGGAGUUGUUUGAGUACAACCUGCGGCGAGGCACAGCAGCCAUGAGGGAGGAAGUGCGUCAGCUGAUCUGUCUUCUUACCAGAGAUCAUCCAGAGGCCACUCAGCAGAUGAAUGACCUCAUCAUCGCCAAAGUGUCGGCUGCCCUCAAAGGUCACUGGGCCAACCCUGACCUGGUUAGUAAUUUGCAGUACGAGAUGCUUCUGCUAACGGACUCAAUUUCCAAGGAGGGAGGAUGCUGGGAGCUCCGAUUGCGUUGUGCUCUCAGCCUGUUCCUGAUGUCUGUUAAUAUAAAGACACCUGUAGUUGUGGAGAACAUCACACUCAUGUGCCUAAGAAUCCUGCAAAAGCUGAUAAAGCCUCCUGCACCAACCAGCAAGAAGAAUAAGGAUGCUGCUACUGAGUCUCUGACCACAGUCAGGCCCUACAGCAACGAAAUUCAUGCUCAAGCUCAACUUUGGCUGAAAAAGGAUCCCAAAGCAUCUUAUGAUGCCUGGAAAAAGUGCCUCCCUGCAAGAUGCCAGGAAGCCGUGUCGAAGCCACAGGGGAAAGCAGAGUUAAGGAAGCAGUAUCUGCAGGAGAAGUAUGUCUGGAAGUGGAAGCAGUUCAUGAGAUCCAGGAAAGGUGAAGGCCUGUUCCCUCGUCUCCUCAAGCUGAGCCAUAACAACUGGCUACGGCAGGUUCUGUUUACACCAGCCACCCAGGCUGCAAGGCAGGCUGCUUGCACUAUCGUGGAAGCUCUUACCACAAUCCCCAGCCGCAAGCAGCAGGUCCUGGACCUGCUGACCAGUUACCUGGACGAGCUGAGUGUGGCUGGAGAGUGUGCAGCAGAAUAUCUGGGUCUGUACCAGAAGCUGAUCAAACCAACACACUGGAAGGUCUACCUGGCCGCCCGCGGCGUUCUGCCCUAUGUUGGAAAUCUUAUCACCAAGGAAAUAGCUAACCUCCUGGCUCUGGAGGAGGCAACUCUGAGCACAGACUUACAACAAGGCUAUGCUCUGAAGAGCCUAACUGGACUCCUGUCCUCUUUUGUGGAGGUGGAGUCCAUUAAGCGGCACUUCAAAAGCCGGCUGGUGGGCACCGUGCUGAAUGGCUACCUGUGUCUGAGGAAGCUGGUGGUGCAGCGCACCAAGCUGAUCGAUGAAACUCAGGACAUGCUGCUGGAGAUGCUGGAGGACAUGACGACAGGUACAGAGUCUGAAACCAAAGCCUUCAUGGCAGUUUGCAUCGAGACGGCAAAGCGGUACAACCUAGACGAUUACAGAACACCUGUGUUCAUUUUUGAGAGACUGUGCAGCAUAAUCUACCCGGAGGAGAACGAGGUGACAGAGUUCUUCGUGACCCUGGAAAAAGAUCCUCAGCAGGAAGACUUCCUGCAGGGCCGCAUGCCAGGAAACCCUUACAGCAGCAACGAGCCGGGCAUCGGCCCUCUGAUGAGGGACAUCAAGAACAAGAUCUGCCAGGACUGCGACCUUGUGGCGCUUCUUGAAGACGACAGUGGCAUGGAGCUUCUGGUCAACAACAAAAUCAUCAGCUUAGAUCUUUCAGUGGCAGAGGUCUAUAAGAAGGUGUGGUGCCCGACCAAUGAGGGUGAGCCAAUGAGAAUCAUUUAUCGAAUGAGAGGUCUGCUCGGAGACGCCACUGAGGAGUUCAUAGAGUCUCUGGACUCAACCACAGAUGAAGAGGAGGACGACGAAGAAGUGUACAAGAUGGCAGGAGUCAUGGCUCAGUGCGGAGGACUGGAGUGUAUGCUCAACCGACUGUCUGGGAUCAAAGACUUUAAACAAGGAAGACAUCUGCUAACUGUGUUGCUGAAGUUGUUCAGUUACUGCGUGAAGGUAAAGAUCAACCGGCAACAACUGGUCAAACCAGAGAUGAACACACUCAACGUCAUGCUGGGAACUCUAAACCUGGCGUUGGUAGCAGAACAGGAGAGUAAGGACAGCGGUGGAGCCUCCAUAGCCGAACAAGUUCUGAGCAUUAUGGAGAUCAUUCUUGAUGAAGCCAACGCAGAGAUUUCAGAAGAUAAGGGUAACCUUCUGCUCACGGGUGACAAAGACCAGCUUGUCAUGCUGUUAGACCAGAUCAACACUCCCUUUGUUCGCUCGAACCCCAGCGUGCUGCAGGGUCUGCUGCGCAUCAUCCCAUUUCUCUCCUUUGGUGAACUAGAGAAGAUGAAGAUUUUGGUGGAACGCUUCAAACCGUGCUGCAGCUUCGACAAGUAUGAUGAGGAGCACAGUGCAGAAGACAAAGUGUUUUUGGAUUGCUUCUGCAAAAUCGCAGCAGGAAUCAAGAACAACAGCAACGGCCAUCAGCUGAAAGACCUCAUUCUCCAGAAAGGAAUCACUCAGAGUGCACUGGACUACAUGAAGAAGCAUAUCCCAAAUGCCAAAAAUCUGGAUGCAGAUGUCUGGAAGAAGUUUCUCUCUAGACCAGCGCUACCCUUCAUCCUCCGACUGCUUCGUGGUCUGGCUGUGCAGCAUCCACCCACACAGGUGUUGAUAGGAACAGAUUCAAUAACCAACUUGCACAAGCUGGAGCAGGUAUCCAGUGACGAAGGCAUUGGGACCUUGGCGGAGAAUCUUCUGGAGGCUCUGCGGGAACACCGCGACGUCAACCUGAAGAUUGAAGCAGCACGCAGGGAAACCCGAGCCGAGAAGAAGCGAAUGGCCAUGGCCAUGAGGCAGAAGGCUCUGGGAACUCUAGGCAUGACGACCAACGAGAAGGGGCAGGUUGUCACAAAAACUUCACUUCUGAAGCAAAUGGAGGAGCUGAUUGAGGAGCCAGGUUUGACCUGCUGUAUCUGCAGAGAGGGUUACAAGUUCCAGCCAACCAAAGUUUUGGGUAUUUACACUUUCACAAAGCGUGUGGCCUUGGAGGAAUUUGAAAACAAGCCUCGCAAGCAGCAGGGCUACAGCACCGUGUCCCACUUUAACAUAGUCCACUAUGACUGCCACCUGGCCGCCGUCAGGCUGGCUCGUGGGAGAGAAGAGUGGGACAGCGCUGCUCUCCAGAAUGCCAACACCAAGUGCAACGGACUGCUGCCCGUCUGGGGGCCUCAUGUGCCAGAAUCAGCCUUUGCCACAUGCUUAGCAAGGCACAACACAUAUCUUCAGGAGUGCACGGGUCAGCGGGAGCCAACGUACCAACUCAACAUCCACGACACCAAACUGCUGUUUCUGCGCUUCGCCACCGAACAGUCGUUCAGCGUGGACACAGGAGGCGGGGGCCGCGAGAGCAACAUCCACCUCAUCCCCUACAUCAUCCACACAGUGCUCUAUGUUCUCAACACUACAAGGGCUACGUCACGAGAAGAGAAGAAUCUGCAGAGUUUCCAGGAGCAGCCGAGCGACAAAUGGGUGGAGAGCUCUUAUGAGGUCGAAGGACCUCAUUAUUUCACCAUCCUGGCCAUGCACAUAUUGCCCCCUGAACAGUGGAGGGCUCAGCGGGUUUAUUUCCUUCGAAGACUACUGGUCGCCGCACAUGCACGCAAAGUUUCUGCUGUCUCCACAAACAAAGUCACAGAUAAAACACCAAAGGAAUAUGCAGUGUACCGCUCUCCUCUUCUCUUCUGGGGCUUGGUGGAUCUCGUCUACGACAUGUUUAGGAAAGUACCUACCAGCAACACAGAGGGGGGCUGGUCCUUCUCGCUGGCAGAAUAUGUCCGUCACAACGACAUGCCCAUCUACGAGGCCUCUGAGCGGGUGCUCAGGGCCUUCCAAGAUGAGCUCAUGCCCGCCGAGUCCAUGUCUGAGUUUUUUGAUGUUGUAGGUCUCCUCUCUGAAAUCCCAGAGCCAGACCUCUUCCUGCAGGAUGUGUUGAACUCAUUGCCCUGAACCAACCACACCCCUCUAACACCCGACAAAUAUAAUCGAUACAGCUACCAACUUGAAGAAAAAAAAAGAAGAAAAAACUAAGAGGUCUACACUCUGAGACACAAAGAACACAUGCAGUUGGUCUACACCAUGCUUCCUCCUUAACUCCCACAACCAUAUGACAUCUCAGAAUAAAAUAAGCAAAACCUGUGUGUAGUCUACAAAAACAGAUUAAACACCUCUACCACCAAGACGCCGCUAUUAAAAGGGGAAUGAUGCGCUAAAACAGAAUUUACUUUCUGUCGGACUGAUUGAAACUGCUGAAGUCUUCAUUUAAAGUCAUGAUCCUGUUUUUUUUUUUUUUUUAGCAAGCUCGACUAAAAAUGACCUUUUUAGAAAUUUUGUGAAUAUUUCUGGUGUGCGCUCUCCUUGUCAGAAAGCUGAAAGUUUUUCUCUCUUUUUUUCCUUAUUUUUUUUCUGAGCAAGUCAACAGCAUUUUCACAUUCAGACGUGGAUCUUUUUGGUUGACAGUAAGAACUUGUGAAUUCUGUUUUGGGGUGAUUCAGCUGUUGGCCUUGGAGCCCUCGCCCCGUACGGUGCGACAUUAGAAGAACCGAAAUACUUUUGGGAUUUGACCCGGCUCAUAUUACGAGUGGCAUUUGAUUUUAUCUUUUCCGUUUUUUGUUUUUGUUUGUUUUGCUUGGAGUUUGGUUUGUGGUCGGGGGUUUUUAAAUCGACAGAGUGCUUUCAUAGUCACACGGUUGCAGUGCCUGUCAUUUUCCCUCUGCUGUUCAGUCUACAAGUUUAUGUGGAUUCUAACUGGAAAUUUGAGUGACGGUCGGGAGAAUAAAAAUGUCUUGGGUUUGUUUUAUCAACAUCAGAAGUGAAACGGGAUUUAAAAAAAUAAUAAAUAAAAAGUUUUGAUUUAAUUUUUUCCAUAUACUUUCUGCCUUUUGAAGUAAGUCCAUGAAAGAUUCCAUCUGUUGCAAUGAGAUGCCAGAAAUGUCUAAAAUGACAAUAAAACAGACUUGCAUUACAUGCUUUAAACACUUUCCUCUUAUGAUUUUGUUGUUCGGUUUUGCUUUCCUUCAUUUCUAAGGCCACUCUCCACUCGAAUUUAGACUUUUCAAAUUAACCGACCUACACUCUCUGGACGAUAACCAAAAUUUAUGUGAAGUAAAUCUCAGCAUCUCACUCACUUUCAGAUGACAGAAAACUCUGUCGUUGUUCUUCAGAUCUAAAUGCAUGGUGUACACUUUCCCCAGUUCAUCAUUGAUUUGCUUUUCCCAAUGCUACAAUGUUUAAACUGUUGCUGAAUGUCUGCUUUUUUUGAAUUUAGCGUAUAAUUAAUAAAGCUGUAAUACUUUCA